CAACUCCACAUGCUAAUUCUUACCAUUCUCUCUCAUAACUAUCUCUAUCCUUUAUUCUCAUAAUCAUAAUCAUAAAUCGUCAAUCCUUCAAGAUGCAAAAGUGGCCUGAGCGGAUUGUUGAAUCUCCGAGCCAAGAAAGGGGAAGCAAAUCGUCGGGUUCCGCGGCCGCCAUUUGCUUUUUGUUAUGAUUUUUUAAUCGGCCUUUCUGCAUCUUCUUCCAUCCAUCCUUUCCAGUCAAUUCCAAGGUCAGAUCGCCCAUCAUGCCCUCCAAAUCUUCCUCGUCUUCUUCCCGCCAGCAGAAGCCCGCAAAGAGCUCCUGCUGCUGCUGCCUCUCCGUGCGCUCCCUCGGUUUCCUCGCCGUCUUCCUGGCCCUCUUCUCCGCGCUCUACAGCUACCUCAAUGCACGUCUCGAGCAAUUCUACAUCUUCGACCCGGAGCAUCUGCACCAGGUCUCUCAGGCGGCCAUCGGUGCCCACGGCAAUGACACUCGCGCCGUCGUCGACUACAUUGUUGGUGAAUUGAGCCAGAAGAACGAAGUCUACUUGAACAAGGAGGAGGAAUGGGUGUUUAACAACGCCGGUGGUGCUAUGGGUGCCAUGUACAUCAUCCACGCCAGUAUCACCGAGUACCUGAUUGUUUUCGGCACUGCCAUCGGUACUGAGGGUCACACUGGCCGUCACACCGCCGACGACUACUUCAACAUCCUCCAGGGCACUCAGCUCGCCUACGUCCCUGGUUCCUACGAGGCCGAGGUCUACCCCCAGGGUAGCGUGCACCACCUCCGCCGCGGUGAGGUGAAGCAAUACAAGAUGGACGACUCGUGCUUCGCCCUCGAGUACGCCCGUGGCUGGAUCCCUCCCAUGCUGUUCUUCGGCUACGCCGAUACCUUCUCCAGCACUCUCGACUUCCCUACCCUCUGGGCUACAUCCCGGAUCACCGGUCGUGAGAUGAUUGCCAACUUGUUGCGCUGGAAGAUGUAAAAAACCCGGGGAGGAUAACUUUGUAUAUUCUGUGUCAGGCGCCUUUGAUGCGAUAUGUAAUAACAAAGGGGAUUUUUCAAUUCCCGCAUUAUUAGCCCUUUUGGCAUUAUGAUCUGUAAUUAAUAAAUAUACCGAUUAUUGAAUAAUCCAAAUCAAUUUAUUCAAGGACAUAAAAAAACGU